CCAAAGCCACUCACCACAAGUCACUCGGCACUAGCCCAUCCCAACCUAAUCCAUUAUCAAGUCCUACUCCUACACCAAUAACUCAUUACUUGUUUACCCUAAAUCAGACGAAAAGCUCUAAUCACCGCCUAUUACGCCAUAAUCCGAGUGGGCCCCGCAGCCUUGAUUAUUUAUUUUUAUUUUGUUUUUGGUAUGAAUGAAAGCACAGUGGCAUCAAAAAAUAUAUAUUUGAAAGCAUAGUCACAACAGUCCAGAAUCCGUCCAAUCACCAAAGAGUCUUGAAAGAGAACGGAACGAUAAUGGCCCCCUCUUCUUCUUCUUCUGUGACGCCAAAGACGACGACGUCGAAGCCCAACGUGUUCAAGCGAUUCGACGUCGUUUCGGACCACUCGGACCACCACUACGUCAACAACAAAAACGGCUGCGGCGGAGGCGGCCGGGUUCAGAAGAAGAUCAUGCAGGAGUGGAAGAUUCUGGAGAAGCACCUCCCGGACUCCAUCUACGUGCGCGCCUACGAGACCCGCAUCGACCUGCUCAGAGCCGUCGUCGUCGGAGCCUCCGGCACGCCCUACCACGACGCCCUUUUCUUCUUCGACAUCGCGUUCCCCUCCGAUUACCCGACCCACCCGCCCGAGGUCCACUACCGCUCCUUCGGGCUGAGGCCAAACCCGAACCUCUACGCUAGCGGGUACGUCUGCCUCAGCCUGCUGAACACCUGGCCAGGAAAGGGGAAGGAGAAGUGGGACCCAUCUCAGUCGACGAUCCUCCAGGUUCUAGUGUCGAUCCAAGGCCUGGUUCUCAACAAGGAGCCCUACUUCAACGAACCGGGAACCGGGAACCGGUUCGGAUGUGAGGCGUCUCUGGCCUACAACGAGAAAGUCUUCGUUUUGACUUGCAAAAUGACGCUGUAUUUGCUCUCGAGGGCGCCGCUGAAUUUCAAGGCUUUCACCGCCGCGUUCUAUAGGCAGAGAGCGGGCAUGAUACUGAGAGCGUGCAGGGCCUACGCGAACGGGCGCGUGGUGGUGGGACAAUACAAGGAUGAGGAUGCUGGUGUUGCGGUUACGAAGGUUAAGCGGAAAUUCGUGGCGUCGAUGGUGGAGUUGUACCCGCAACUGUUCAAGGCAUUUCAACGAACAGGGGCCUCUUUGGAGGGUUUGCUCGAGCACCUGAAGGUGGAGACUCGUUAUCCGGCGCCGGCUAAGCCGCGGGGGAAGUGUAUUGUGAAAAGGGCGUUUGACAGAUUGAAAACAAUUUUGGGAUUGGGGGGAUCGAAGAAGAAGACGAAGGAGGGGGAGGAGAAUGAGAAUAGUAACAAGAAGAAUGACGAUGGCACGAAGGGCAAUGCUGGGGUGGCUGCUGAUGCUGCUGCAGCAGCUGAUUGAGAUUGGGUUGGGAGAUGCAGGGACACAUUCGAGAUUUAGGUUUGGUUUCAGGGGUAUUUUUGGGUAAAUAAAAGUAAUAGGGGAUUUAUUAUUAGGAUUUAGGAUUGGCUUCUUUAAUUUUGGUUUGCUGGUGUGAUGGAUGGUUAAGUUACGCCGGUACAGGACGUUAGAAUUUGAAGUUUAAAAACACACAUAUACUGAAUGCAAUGGGACGUAAACAAACGUGAACUUUUCUCCA